GUGACCACUUUGUUUGCUCGCAGAUCUGCGGUCGAGUCAUUCUGUGAAUCUGUUUCGAGUGUGAGAGAAAAAAGUGAAAGAAAUUGACAGAUUUGUUUGGACUUUUUCUGCUUUUGUGAAGAGAUGUCUCGGUACCAUAAGGCAGCAAUUGAUGGAUACUUGGACCUCUUAAAAGAGGCCACGAGGAAGGACCUGAACACUGCGGAUGAAGAUGGCAUGACUCCCACCUUAUUCGCUGCUUUCCACGGACAUGUCGAUGCGCUUCAGCUCAUAUGUAGCAGAGAAGGAGACCCCAACCGGAGUGACAUCUGGGGAAACACCCCGUUGCACCACGCUGCUGCGAACGGCCACAUGCACAUCCUCAGCUUCCUGGUCAACUUUGGUGCCAACCUUUUUGCCCUGGACAAUGAAUCCCACACGGCCAUGGACGUUGCUGCGUCUCGUGACCGCAUGGACUGCGUGCGCUUUCUAGACGCCGCCGCCUCACAGCAGACCAACCAAAACCCCAAGAAGGUCGCCAAUCUAAAGAAGGAGGCCAUCAAGGAGGCGGAGAAGCGUGUAAAGCUGUGUGAGAAGGUGAAGAAGAAACACCAGAGCAAGAUGGAUAAAAUGCAACGUGGAGCGGGCGAUACUGGGUCCCUCUCAGAGGCCAGCAUGGCAUCAGCAUUCUCAGACGGUGGUACCAUGUCCAGUGUCAAUGAGCAGUUCUCCAAAAUGAUUGCUGCAGACAAAUCGGGCUCCCUUGCAGCCAGGGUUAAGGGCACCCUCCAGAAGAAGCUUGGGAAGAAAGAUAAAGGCACGCUGCAGCAGUUGGGAGGGGAUGGAAACGUUAUUUUCCUCAAACCGGAGAGUGGAGCGUCCGAGCAGCCAGAGUUUCUGGAAGUCUUUAAUGAGCAGGAUGAGAGCAUGUUAGACGAAAACGGAAUGACAAGCUACGACUAUGACAACGACGAGCCAGGCCAAGUCAAACAGUCCAUCUUCAAUCGGCCCGGUCUUGGAGGUCUGAUUUUCAUGAAGAAAAUAGGGCUGGAGUCAGAGGACAUCACGAGCGAGAACAACGAAAGCCUCGGCUACCUUGUUCAGAAUGAGUUGUUAGAGGGAGAGGAAGACGGCGCUGGCUUUGAGGGGAAUGGGGAUGCUGAUCUGCCCUGGGAUCAGGAAGAUCUGGGACUGGAUGAUGAGGAGGAUGAGGAAACCUCUCCUUUGGAUGUAUUCUUGUCUGCCAUCUCCUUGCCAGAGUUUGCUCUUGCAUUCAGCAGAGAACACCUAGACCUGGAGGCGCUGAUGCUUUGCUCUGAUGAAGACCUGAAAGGCAUUCGCAUCCAGCUGGGACCCAGGAAGAAGAUCCUGGAAGCUGUUUCCCGCAGAAAGAACACAUUGGAGACUCCUGGCAUCAUAAAGGACAGCUCCCUGUGAUCUAAAACACUUUAUCAGUGAUUUGUAAUCCAGUUUGAAUUCUAAAAUGAAUCUGUACUUGUUGUAAAUAGAGCCAAGAGUUUAAUUUUCUGUAUAAAACAAACUGUUCCUCUAAAAACUAUGUCUACUGCAAAAAGUAUAAAACUUGUAAUCCAUAUUAUUUUAGCAAUAAUCUGUUAAUUGAGUAUUAUCCAUGUUAAAUUCAAUUUGCAAACAGCAUGACCUCCAACAACUUGAUCUUAAAGCCACAUUAUCAUUGUAAACAUGUUUUGGUCCAUAAUGUGUGACUGUUUUUGAUCAUAAAUGAGGUAACAGUGUCAGUGGCAGAUGUGUAGGCCUACUGAUCAUGUUUGCAGUUGACAACAUGAUGUCAAAUAAAUUAAACAUUAAAAUGGUUUUGUCUCCCAGUUAA